ACCUGGUGGACGGGUUUUUGUGUGGCCUUUCAUCCAAAAGGCACAGAAAAUAACCUUAAAUACAAUGACUUUAACUGUAGAAAGUCCUAAAGUAUAUACACAACAAGGAGUACCUAUUUCUGUUACAGGCAUAGCUCAGUUGAUAUUCUUUGAUUCAAGUUUUCUGCAUAUUCAUUUCAUCUUGAUAUUUCUGUUUUGUUUUGAAAAUAAUGGGCAGUGGAUGUUGAUAAUAAUGUCAAAAUACAAGGCCAAAAUAUGGAAAUGCUCCGUGCAGCUUGUGAACAGUUUUUGGGAAAAUCUACCAAGCAGAUAAUGAAUGUUGCUAGGGAGACCUUAGAAGGCCAUCAAAGAGCUAUUAUGUGUACAAUGUCUGUUGAGGAAAUAUAUAAGGAUCGCAAGAAAUUUUCAAAGCAAGUCUUUGAAGUAGCUUCAUCAGAUUUAAUUAACAUGGGGAUUACAGUUAUUUCCUAUACAAUUAAGGAUAUCAGUGAUGAUCAAGGCUACUUAAAAGCCCUUGGAAUGGCUCGAACUGCUCAAGUUAAACGAGAUGCUCGUAUUGGUGAAGCUGAAGCAAAGCGUGAUUCACAAAUAAAGGAAGCUCUGGCUGAAGAGGAGCGCAUGGCUGCACGUUAUGUUAAUGAUACUGAAAUAGCAAAAUCCCAGAGAGAUUUUGAGUUAAAAAAAGCAGCAUAUGAUAUGGAAGUGAAUACAAAAAGAGCUGAAUCAGAUUUAGCAUUCAAUCUCCAAGCUGCAAAGACAAGACAAAAAAUUAAAGAAGAACAAAUGCAAGUAAAAGUAAUUGAAAGGACACAGGAAAUUCAAGUACAAGAACAAGAAAUCUUGCGCAAAGAAAAGGAAUUGGAAGCAACUAUUAGACGUCCUGCCGAAGCAGAGAAGUAUCGACUAGAGAAACUUGCAGAAGCUAACAGAAACCGAGUUAUAAUGGAAGCUGAAGCUGAAGCAGAAGCAAUUAGAUUAAAAGGAGAAGCUGAAGCUUUUGCAAUAGAAGCAAAAGCAAAGGCAGAAGCAGAACAAAUGGCUAAAAAGGCCGAUGCAUUCAAAGAGUAUAGAAAUGCUGCAAUGGUGGACAUGGUCUUAGAAAUAUUACCUCAGAUUGCUGCUGAAGUUGCUGCACCUUUGUCAAAUUGUAAUCGAGUUGUAAUGGUGUCAGAUGGAAAAAAUGAUGUUGGAGCUAGCAGGUUAACUGGGGAAGUACUAGACAUAAUUGCCAAUGUUCCUCAUGUUGUGACUAAGUUAACUGGAGUUAACAUAACAAAUUCAUUGAAAAUUGCUCAAGCUACCAUGUGAAAUGCUGCAUUUUGAAACCAUUAAUUGCAGAGAAGAAUUUUAUAGCUUGAUGUUUCAUAUUUUAAAUGUCUUGAUGACAGUAUUUAGCAAUAUUCAUGUUUAAGAAAUUAAAUGCAAUUUCAAUGCAAAGCAUAUUUCCGUUUUCAGCUCUGUUUAAAGUAUUUGUGAAUUUUUAUCAUUCACAUAAAUUGUUGUACAUUCACAUAAAUUGUUACUUAUUUUACCUAGUUCACACAGAGCUUUGUAUGAGUUAUGAUAACUUUAUAAAUACUUAUUACUAUCUUCUUAUGCCUGUAUGAAAUGCCUGCAUGUAUGCCUGUUUUAAGGGUACUUGCGUAUUAUUGCAACUAGGUUGGCGCAAUUUGUAAGUUUGAGUAAAAAAGUAUGAAUAGAAAGAAAAUGUACAUUUAUUAAUUACAGAUAAUUUUUAAUACAGUUUUUUAUAUUAUUUUGUUUUAAAAUAUAAAAUA